AUGGAAGACUAUCCUCCAACCCGAAAUGGGGAAGAUGUUGCUCCGCUGCAUGCUGCAAACAUCACACCACGGUGGAAUGAGUCAAAGACUACGAUAUGGAGGGUGACAGCUGCAUUCUGGUGCAUGCUGAUAAUGGGCGCCAAUAACGCUGCAUAUGGAGCAAUAAUACCAUCUUCUUUUGCAGGAUAUAAAAUCUCUGCCGUUCUCAGUAAUUUGAUCCAUCAGCGUCUUGGCUGGCAAGGUGUUGCCAUUAUUGGUCCUGGAUGCCAUCUGUUUGCCUUCGCAAUUAUCUACAUCCAUCCCCCAUUCUCGCUUCUCGUGAUGAUAUACUUGAUUAUCGGUUUUGGAAGUGGCUUCGGAAAUAUGGCAGAUUGUAAUGAGGUUAUUAGGUUCCUUCACAGAUUCUACGGCUUGGGGGCAACAUGUAGUUCUUUCAUUGCUAUGACCGUGAUUACCAUCAUAAGGCUAGGUGCCUUUUGGAAUGAGACAGGUGAAAAAUACAAACAAGAGAAUCCCAAUCCUCCCGGAAGAGGCGGCGUGCUCUCUCAAACCCGUCAAGCCUUGACUUACAGUGUUACAUGGACAUGCGCCACAUUUCUCUUUCUCUACGGCAGUAUUGAGGCCUCAACCGAGGGGAGACUCAGACUGUCGGAACUCAAACGUAAUACCGUUUCACCAAAAAGGACGCCCUUAAGGGAAUUUGGUAUUUUUGAGGUAUUUGCGAACCGUUCCGUAGUUCGACUUCUGUAUUCUGCUAGUCACGUGAUUUUAUUUCCAACACAGACCUCCGAUCACGUGCGCGGACCCGUGCGCCUAGUGGGCGCCGGAGGACCGACAACAAACUUAUGUCUUUCCCUCAGUAAAGCUUCUCUAAACCAACAUUUGUUCACUUACGCACUGCAUCAACGAGUAACCCGCGAUAAUUGUGCUCCUCUUCGAAGCGCCAUAUUUGGUGGCGGCUCACGCUUUUCCUGCUGCUACACCCCGUUCACAUUAGCCGGAUCUGCAACGAUUCCUCAACGGGCUCAACAAACAGUCCUCAAGCGAAGCGUUAACAGUUUCUCGACAAAAUGCAAUCAAAGCGCUCCGAUAACCUGCUUUGCGCGAGCGACACGAGUAUCGCUGAGAAAGGCGGAGUCAACACCAGCAAAUUCACAAUUCAUCAUCACACAUAUCCGACGCAACUUUAGCGACUCUACAGGCCCUCGCGCGGCCAGCACACAGUCAUCUCAAACCGGCAAAGAAGCGUCCCUCGAUUGGAAUACAUUCUUCAAGUUGCGUACCUCACGCCGGCGCUACUCGCUCAUUUCCUCGGUUCUUGCGUCAAUCGCUAGCACAGCUGUAGGCGUUCAAGUACUCUCCGCUCAGGACCUCGACACACUCGGGGCGCAAGUAAUGGGUCUCGAUCCUUUUAUUGUUCUCGGUCUUGCUACAGCCGCUUGUGGUGCGCUGGGCUGGCUUAUUGGUCCGAUUUUGGGGAACACGGUUUGGGGGCUUGUGCAUAGACAGUAUCGGAGUGGUAUUGCUGUUAAAGAGAAAGAAUUCUUCAACCGCAUCAAGCGCUUCCGUGUUGACCCGUCCGCUAAUUCUAUUGCCAACCCUGUUCCGGACUACUACGGCGAGAAAAUCGGCAGUGUACAGGGUUAUCGUCAAUGGUUGAAAGAUCAACGAGCUUACAACAGGAAGAAGUCAAGACACAUUUUGUAA